UGGCCCCAGCCUUUCAAACACUCGCCUUCUCCUCGCGAGCUCAAAGCGGCCAGAAGGCGUUGCAGCAGAGAGCCUGAGGCGAACCAUCUAGCAGCUUCCGGCCACUGCCUCCUCAAGGCCACGACCCCGCCGCGGUGGCGCCGUCCACGCCCCAGACGCAGGGCAUCUCCCGCCGCAGGACCGCCUCUGCCGAGCAGCAGCCGCAGCCGGAGGCGGGGACCACCAGCCUCGCCGGCGCCCUCGCGCGCGAGCGGAUCAGGCGCCGCGGCAAGGCGGACCCGGGCCCGGAGGAGGAGGCUUUGCCGUUCUGGCAGAGGACCUGGUUCCUCGUGCUGCUGCUGGCGAUGGCCGCCGCGUCGUUCGCGCUCGCGUUGCUGCUCUACCUCGGCCUCGACCUCCCCGAGGCGGCGCCGACGGCGUCCUACGCCGCCGACCCGGAAAGCGUCGUCCAGAUAACCUACGGGUCGGUGAUCAAGUUGAUGCAUGAGAGGACCAAGUUUCGGCUGCAUUCCCACGACGUGCCGUAUGGAUCUGGGAGCGGCCAGCAAUCGGUCACCAGCUUCCCUAACGUCGACGACGCCAAUAGCUACUGGGUAGUGAGACCUCAACCAGAUUCUUCAGCAAAUCAAGGCGAUACCAUAGCACAUGGAGCAAUUGUGAGGCUUCAACAUAUGAGGACUAGAAAGUGGUUACACAGCCAUCUUCAUGCUUCCCCCAUAACGGGAAAUCUGGAGGUUAGCUGCUUUGGCAGUGAUAAUGAAUCAGAUACUGGAGAUUACUGGAGGCUUGAGAUUGAGGGCAGCGGGAAAACAUGGAGACAGGGCCAGAGAAUUCGACUGCGCCAUUUUGAUACUGGUGGCUAUCUUCACAGCCAUGACAGGAAGUACACCCGCAUUGCCGGUGGGCAGCAAGAGGUAUGUGGUGUUGGCGACAAGCGCCCAGACAACAUCUGGCUGGCAGCUGAAGGUGUUUACCUGCCGGUGAGCCAGCGCAAAUAGUUGUGCUGCUAGAUAAGAAGUGCCAUUGUUAACAAUUUUUGUGGUGCUUCGGCUGAUUUAGCGCACAGAGUUGUAAGUUGUAACCACUAGAAUCUUUAUCUGUAAUAUGCUUGAGCUGCCAGUGUACUUUUGUUGUGUAUUGUGACGGCAGAAGACGGUUCAGCUGAGCGCUACUCCAUAGAUGAUUCGGCUUUGGUCCCAGCAUAUAAGUUCUACCUCGCUAUGUUAGUUGCUGACUGAUUUUAGCGUGCCGGAAUUUACAGCAAAUUGGGAAAAUGUACUGCAUGAGUCGCAUGACUAGAUUUGUGUGAAGGAAGCAUGUUUGGUUGGGUGCUGUACCCACGGCGUA